AGCUGAAGCUUCACGGUUGGGAUGGUGUUCAUGGGGGUGGCAGCAUCAUGUUGUGGGGGUGCUUUGCUGCAUGAGGGACUGGUGCACUUCACAAAAUAGAUGGUAUCAUGAGGAAGGAAAAUUAUGUGGAUAUGCUGAAGCAACAUCUCAAGACAUCAGCCAGGAAGUUAAAGCUCGGUCGCAAAUGGGUCUUCCAAAUGGACAGUUACCCCAAGCAUACCUCCAAAGUUGUGGCAAAAUGGCACAACAAAGUCAAGGUAUUGGAGUGGCCAUCACAAAGCCCUGACCUCAAUCCGAUAGAAAAUUUGUGGGCAGAACUGAAAAAGCGUGUGCGAGCAAGGAAGCCUACAAACCUGACUCAGUUACACCAGUUCUGUCUGGAGGAAUGGGCCAAAAUUACAGCAACUUACUGUGAGAAGCUUGUGGAAGGCUACCCAAAACAUUUGACCCAAGUUAAACAAUUUAAAGGCAAUGCAACCAAAUACUAACAAAUUGUAUGUAAACUUCUGACUCACUGGGAAUGUGAUGAAAGAAAUAAAAGCUGAAAUAUAUAAUUCUCUCUACUAUUAUUCUGACAUUUCACAUUCUUAAAAUAAAGUAGUGAUCCUAACUGACCUAAGACAGGGAAUGUUUUCUAAGAUUUAAGAUAUUGUUGUAAUUUGUAUUAUAUGCCCAAUUUUGUAGGUGAACGCAGAAGGCUAAUUUGCCUAAGGUUUCCUCUGGAAUUUCCUAUGAAUUUUUGUAAUUUUUCAAUUUAUGAGUAAAAUAAGGUCUGUGGUUGGUAAACAUUACUUAAAGAAUAUUGGGCGUUUUGUUCUACAAUAUAAUUUGCACACAGUCAUACCUCAAACGUGGAUUUAAAAAAAUGCAAGUUGCUAACGAGUUGCUAGAUAAAGACUACAAAUACCACAAGCAUGUGAGUGAACGUGCCUGACGAAACGGAAAACAGUUGUAGUCCUUAUUUAGCGACAUACUUCUAAAACCCCGCUGGCUCGAACAUGAGAAUUAUUUUCGUGUUUUUGGACUACAACCUGAACAGCUGCGGAUGCGCGGGAAACCCGAAGACCUCAUAGCCACUAGGGCGGCCCAUAAAAACGCAGCAAGAGUUUCUGCACGGAGCGUUUUUAGGCGACGCACACGAAGGAAGAUGAUGAGUGAGUGGUGUCCUGUGGCGAAGGUUUAUGACCCUCUCAGAGCGGGCAGUAUCGAUGGCACAGAUGUGGAACCCCACGACAAAGCCGUCUGGAGGGCGAUGCUGGCCCGUUACAAGCCUAACAAGGGUGUGACAGGUGACCCUCACCUGACCCUGUUCGUUGCACGCCUGAAUCCGCAAACAUCUGAGGAAAAGCUCCAGGAAGUCUUCUCAAAGUUUGGAGACAUCCGCCGGGUUCGACUGGUCCGAGACAUCAUCACGGGUUACUCCAAAUGCUACGCUUUCAUUGAGUACAAGGAGGAACGUUCUGUGAACAGAGCAUGGAGAGACGCCAACAAGCUGGUUGUGGACCAGUAUGAGCUCUUUGUGGACUUCGAGCAAGAACGUACACUGCAGGGCUGGAUUCCACGCCGGCUAGGAGGGGGCCAAGGUGGCAAAAAGGAGUCCGGUCAGCUGAGGUUUGGCGGCAGGGAUAGACCCUUCCGCAAGCCCAUCAAUCUGACCUCCAUGAUGGCCCCGAGCAGAUCAGCGGAUCGUUGGGAAGGAACCAGCAUGAGAGAGGAGAGGCAAAGAGACCACGAACAAGAUAGAGAACACGGACGAUGGCGAGAAAGGAAAAAUGACUGGGAAAGAGGGAAUGAUUGGAAUGAAAGAGGUCACUAUAAAGAGAAAAGAGACUCUAAACGUCACAGGGAGCGAAGCAGAGAGAGAGAUUCAAACAGAGACGACAAAAGGCGAAGAGACUUGCAUACAGACAGAGAAUAAAAUUAGACACAUUUAUACCUUUUCUUUAUACCAUUCUUUUCAGUAUCUCUGUUCUCACUUUGUAAAUAAGCUUGAAUACAUAGUUCAUCCAAACAUGAAAAUUAUGUCAUUUACUGACCCUUUACAGGGUUGAACGACAACAGGGUGAGUAAAUAAUGACAGAAUUUUAAUGUUUGGGUGAACUGUUCCUUUAAAUUUGAAUUGAAUUUGUACUAAGCACCAAUAAAUCAAUAUGUCAUAUGAAUAAAUUGAAUGAAGUCUCUCUAUUGGGCAUAUUAACAUGUUUGAAAUGAAAAGCAUGUUUUGGCAAUUCACGAUAUAAAAUGUUUUAAUACACAAUGAGAUGAGUUGUUAUGCAUAAUCCUUCAUAAUGAUACAUUGGAUCCAGUUAGGAUUUUUUUAUCCUUAAACAGUGAAAUGUUACUGGAAACCACUGUGAUUUUCACUCUAAUACAGUUUCUUUUUUCAGCUGAGUGGUGUUUAACAAUUGAAGUCAGGCCCACAGGCAUGAAUAUCCAGCUUACAAAGCUGCCUUCAUAAACACUCUUUACCAAAGUUAAGCAUUUUCAUGCUUUAACUCAACAGUUCUAUUAUUGCCAGUAAAAGCACCAUUCAAGCAAUGCAAAACAGCUGGUGAAAGAAAUUUGCUUAUGUGACGGAUACUUUAGCCAGAUGUAAACUAAUGGAUUAUUAUUAAAAAUAUUGUUCUGCAUUAAAGCAC